UGUAAUUAGUAAAUCAAGCCACGGUAAGGUUUUGGGUUGUCAGAGUGGCUGCAAAAGAAGUCAAGAGUUGCAAGCGUUUCAGUUAUUGCAUUGCUGUGACGUUAAUGCUGACAUAACUGCAGAGAUGUGUGUACCUCUGGUGGUUUUUCUCAGUGCCAUUGUGCUUCACUCAGUGUCAGCUGGAGGUGUCUAUUGUGCUAAAACAGCGAGAGCCCGUGCUGCUGCCUUGGGUUUGGAUUAUCCUGGAGUCCACGGAGCCCCUGAUUUUUAUAGACAAGCUCACCAUGUGAUGCACCCCGGCACAAUGCCGUUAAGACCUCAGCCUUACAAAAACAGGGAUCUUGAAUCGGACGAGACUGAAUCUAAAAUUACCUCCUACAGACAAAAUCAACCAGGAGUGAGAUCCUUAGAUGAUAGAGUACGUAAACAAGCUCAACCCAGGAGUUCUGAAUCCACAUUUCUACUGAACCAUGGCCCUUACAAACCCGUUCAAAGUGAAUACCCCAUCAACCAAGUGCUCAGCUUUCCUAGAGGACAGUCAGUUAGUAACCACAAGUCCAAUUUUGAGGAGGUCAAGCAUGUUGCCCCACCAACAUGGCUUGAAGCCCCAGGCCAGACCGACUUUGUGAAUUGGGAUCCUCAAGGUCAAAGCAAGCCACUCUCAUUUGUCUACAAUAAGCAUGACCUUGUUGUUGAUGACACUGUCCCAAAUAGACAUGGCAUGUCUCUGAGUGGACUCACCCUGCCCCAAAGCAGGGGUCAUGGCCCUUACCAGAGGGAUAUAACUGGAUUUGGCCUAGGAAGAGAAGGUCCUGUCCUUGCUUCAUUCCGUUUCCCCAACAAAGGCCAUGUUAGAGCGAUGACUAGCGCAGGUUCUGUGUUUGGUAGACGGGAAAGGAUUAGGAACCCUGCUCAGUCCCUGCAUAGGAACCUCAAUGUCACAAAGUUUUUGUUUCAAGGUAACCCUGUUCUUAGCCGCCUGCCGAAAACCAAAGUCGGAUAGAAAAAGUUGCACUGAAGGAUCUGACAUAGAGCUCGGCUGUCGUGUCAAAUAGUAUCCCUGUGAGGAGUUAUUAAAGUUAACAGGCAAGCAUUUUGUGAAGGAACACUGGAUGAUUUCAGAAUCUGUGUCUUUUUCCCUAACCUCUACUGACCUAAGCAAUGUCCAUCUUAUCUGUGUACAUGCUCCUGCAUUGUUGCUUCUUCAUUUGUGGCUCUUAAACAAGAUACAUUAUACAUUCCUCCUUGAAUGAAUAUAAAAAUCACAAAUGGUUAUAAUUCUCA